CCGUUGAUCUCGCCACUACUUUUCUUCAACGCUUACGUCACACAGAACCGCAGCUCAAGAGCUUUUUAUAUGUAUCCGACGUCGUUUUGAAGGAAGCUGAAGAGAUUGAUAGGAAAAUUGCUAACAAUGAGGAGUUGGGCCCACUUGCUGGGGUUUUGGUUGGGGUUAAGGAUAAUAUUUGUACGGCUGAUAUGCCUUCAACUGCAGGGUCCAAGAUUUUGGAGAAUUAUAAACCCCCAUUUGAUGCUACUGCUGUUGGCAAAAUGAAAAAGUGUGGUGCCAUUGUUUUUGGGAAAACUAAUAUGGAUGAGUUUGGUAUGGGGAGUACAACUGAAGGCUCCGCUUAUCAGGUGACAGCAAAUCCUUGGGAUUUGUCCCGAGUACCAGGUGGUUCAUCAGGGGGCUCAGCUGCAGCUGUUUCUGCUAGACAAUGUAUGGUAUCAUUGGGAAGUGACACUGGUGGAAGUGUUAGACAACCAGCUUCUUUCUGUGGUGUUGUUGGUUUGAAGCCAACAUAUGGGCGUGUCUCUAGAUACGGACUUGUGGCAUAUGCUUCAUCUCUGGAUGUUAUCGGUUGUUUUGGCUCAUCAGUUGCUGAUGCAGGCAUUCUCCUUCAUGCAAUAUCUGGUCAUGACAAGUUUGACGCAACAAGUAGCAAGCGAGAAGUUCCCGACUUUGCUUCCCAAUUUAUUGCUAGAGAUCAUUUGGACUCCAAACCUCUGAAAGGAUUGAGAGUUGGUCUGAUCCGAGAAACCAUUGAAGAUGGAGUUGACCCGGAAGUAAUUACUUCAAUCCGUGGUGCUGCUAGUCAUCUUGAAGAACUAGGAUGCACCGUCACCGAGGUCUCAUUGCCAUCCUUCUCUCUAGGAUUGCCAGCUUACUAUAUCCUUGCUUCUUCUGAAUCUUCUUCAAAUUUGUCCCGCUAUGAUGGUAUCAGGUAUGGCAAACAAGUUGUUGCCGAUGAGUUAAACUCCCUUUAUGGGGAAUCUCGUGCUGGAGGCUUUGGUUCUGAGGUGAAAAUGAGAAUCCUAAUGGGGACAUAUGCUCUAUCUGCUGGUUAUUAUGAUGCAUACUACAAGCGAGCUCAGCAGGUUAGGACUUUGGUAAGGGAAAACUUCAGGGCAGCAUUAGAGGAGAAUGAUAUUUUGAUUUCACCUGCUGCACCAUCAGCGGCUUACAGAAUUGGUGAAAAGAAGAACGAUCCAUUGUCAAUGUAUGCUGGUGAUAUCAUGACUGUCAAUGUCAACUUGGCUGGUCUUCCAGCAUUAGUUCUCCCCUGUGGAUUUGUUGAUAGCAGCUCUGCGGCCCUUCCCGUUGGUGUUCAGAUGAUUGGUGCUGCAUUUGAAGAGGAGAAAUUGCUUAAAGUAGGCCAUAUCUUUGAGCAGACACUGCAAGGCUGCUCUUUUAUUCCUCCUAUAGUAGCCGAUGAAUUGGCAUGCUAGUCGCGAAUUCUUGCACAUUUGUGGGAGAGUGUUCUUCCACUUGCAGCAGUUAAUCAACCUAGCGAUUUCAGACACUGGCGAAAUAGCUUAUGGUGGAAAACUCUGUGCUAAUAGGAAGACAGAUGCAUCCAUUCCAUAUCAAAUGUUCCGCCAAGCUUUCUCUGCUCGUGCCACAUUUGACACAAAACUGAUAUGUUCAGAAGUUUCUAGUGCUGAAUUUUUGUAAGGAGGAUUGGCGUAAAAAAUAUGCGCCAAUUGCGAAUUCAUAAGAACUCUCAAAAAAUUGGGACACUGUUACUUAUUGAAAGCAUUUUUCUUAGGUGUAAAUUAGCUUGCAUAAAUUUUGAACACCUUCAUCAUGUACACAUUUAUUUCAUAUUUUUUAUUUUCUGGAAAGUUGUAUUUCAUAAAUUCCCUUCAUUCUGUUUA